AGCAACCUAUUAUAAAAAAUAUGGACCUUCAGGAAAAUAUACCAAAGCUGCAAGCUUUUCACAAUCAAUAACUCAUUUUUUUCCUAUUGAAUCUAAAGGUGAAAGCAGUGGUACAAGAAAUGAAGAAAAUACAAUGAGUGAAUUGAAUAGUUCAGAAGGAGAGAAUGACCCAGGACAUGAAAGUGAAUCUAAUGAAUCUAGUGAACAAGAAAGUGAUUUUGAAGUUGAAAAUGAUAAUUCACUUGAACCUAAAUUAACUGAGCUUGAAAAUAUACUAUCAA